GGGGCGCUCUGCUCUACGGCUGUAAAGCGCGGGCGGCCCGGCUCUGAUCAGGACGCUGUGUGGCUGCUCGGGGCUGUACCGGCACUGGAGGAUCUUCAUAGGAGUUGCUGUGUCCCGUGGCUGUGCUUGUUCCUGGUCAUACUUUGCAAUGGAAGUCUGCAGGUGACAAACUGUCGGCAAUGGAAGAGUGAAGCGGUCGCAGUGUGGAAAGGAGUCGUGUUCUAAGAACAGCAAACCUGUGGAACUGCUUACUUAAGAUCCAAUACAUGGAUCCUCCAAACCAAGUCUGGUUAGCUGGCCACCAUCAGCAGCUUGCUCUCUCAGUGGUUAAGUCGACAAUGGUUGAGACAACAGAGCCCAGUUAUUGGCAGAGGCUUGAAACCAGUUGUCUCAACCUGAUGAUAACUAGUCACCUGAACAGACACAUUACUGCUUGCUUAGAAGUUUGGAAGCAUUCAGACAUGUGCAUAUGGUGUAUUUCUACGUGACCUCUGACCACCUUACAGAUUGUCUUAAUCAGAUUCCUUCGUGGCAUUCUCACACAGGACUGUCUGUCAGCUUUGACAUCUUGAGGACUGUGUCUUUGACACCUGAAAUCUGUCAGCAGUAAACUGCUGAAAUCUACAGCAGUAAUUCUCAAUGUGUUCCUCCACCUAACUCUUGCAAGGCUCUUCCUAUGUCUACAAUAUCAGAUUGUGUUGAGUGCUAAGGAAGUCAGAGGACCAUCACCAUGUAGAAGAACCCUGCCUAAUCGACUGUUUUCUGCUCCACAUCCAGAACUCGGAGUGGCUCCAGCAGAAGAUAUUACAGCCUUGACUUGCUUCUACCAGGCUUCUUGCCUUGUAUCAUGGCUUUAAGAGGUUGUGCACGUGACUGACAAUGUCCACACCAAAGUGAAGCUUUCUUUAAAUGCCUCCAAGUCUUGGAAAACCGAGAUCGCCUUAAGGCCUGUGAGAGUAGCUGGAACAUUUGGGAAAGCAUGGUUGCUGAUGGCAUCCACUGUGAGAAUGUGGUUUUAUGAGAAGUUAUUCACCCAGCUCCCAGUUACCACGCUGGCAGCAGUUGAAGGGCACCUUCCCUUGGUGCUGAGCUUUGGGAUGAGAUCUGUGGUUGUCCUCAAGAGGAUUGCACCUGCUGAUUUGCAGAGGGAGUGAAGCAGCUGAGAAGCUUCUGGGGGACAGCCUGAGGCACUGAAAACAUCUGCGGAGGCACCUCUGUUAUCAGCUGAAGCGCUGAGCUCCACAAACAGAUCUGAAGGAAUGGUUGAUGCGACGAGCAAAUUCCAUAUAAUGUGAAGGAAGGAAGGAGCCAAAGAAAGAUUUGCCCAGGGAGUGAUGGAAUCACCUUCCCAGGAGGUGUCCGAGAACCAUGGAUUCGUGGCACUGAGGAACACGUUUCUCCUGAGUGAAGGACCUACCAGGAGCUUCCCUUAGAAAAGUGAAGGAGACACUAAUUCUAAGAGUACUGUAUGUGCCUGAUGCGGGACAGUUCACAAAGAAGAGCUGUCUCCACAGAAUCAUUGGAACAGCUCCUUACAAAGAUGUGACUGAUCUGCUUUGGAAAUCACCUUCAUUGGUGAGAGGCCAACACUUCCCUCCAAGAGACACAACAGAGGACGUGAACAGGAACAAUGCUACUUUUUUUCUGGAUGAGGAGGUGAGCUCGAGCCUCUCCCUGGAAGAGAGGGCUGGCAGCAGCGCUGAGCUGAGAUGUGGGGGCUGCACAGGGGCCCGUUGGCUGAAGGUCAAAACUCCUCCUUGAGGGCACCCGAACCGGAGUGGUGUUCCCCAUCUUUGCAGAGCCCAUGUUGUCUGCCUCUGGGAGGCACUGGCAGGAAGCCACUCAAGACACUAAAAGCUGAAACAGCACCAGCAGAGGGAGACAAACCCUGUUAUCAGACCAGGACUUGAAGGAAUCGCUGCUUCUUUGUAGGAACCUGAACUGGAAAUGGAACACUUGUGAUCCUGGAUUGUGGAGGACUAUGCUGCUAAUGCUUCCAGGCAAGCAAAGCCUGCAGCAUCCUUUUGGUCUUGGUGCGUUCAAUGGGCGAUGCAUUGACUCAGCCUUUUACUCAAAGGCUUUAUGCUGGAUUCAGAUAUCACCUGUCUUUCUUUCCUCGGCCUGUUUAAACAAUAAAGCCAGCAGGAGCAUCAGACUGCGUGCUUUGGCUAACUUGAGUUGUGUGUGCCAACAUCUGAUCCAGAUUCCUUGGUAAUGGACGUGGAAACCCUGCAGAACAAUCAACCUAUAAACAUGAGACAGCAUAAAAUUUUAUAGAGAGAGCUGGAGGGCCAAGAGCAUCUCAAAGUGGAGUGCAACGAUGGACUUUGAAAAAGAAGUUCAGGAGGAUAUGUUACAAGAAAAAGAAAUGGAGAAGGACCAGUCUUGGUCCUUGCACAGGAGAUGCUGUAACAGCUAAAGGAUAUGAGGAUGCUGUAGGUUCCUCCAUUUGAUCAGCUGGAUUUGCACCCGAAUUUUGAUCCCAUGGCUCCGGCUGAAGCGCUCCUUACUUCUGCAGGGACUGUCCCCCACGCCAGCAGAACCACCUGAGCCAUCGGCCAUCCCCCAGCAGGGAAGGGAUCACGGGCAGCUGGUCAGGCAUGUCGUGGUUGUCACGUGUGUGAUCUGCCUCCCAGGAGGAAGGCAUUUGGGUUGCAGACCCAGAGCCAUGGGACGAGCUUUGUUCAAGCCAGCAAGCAGAGCGCCCACCUAGUCCCUGGAGAACUGGCGUGUUCACUUUUGCUUCUUUCUUACGGGGAAGAUUUUGCUUCCGUCUCCCAGCAAUGUUUCCCUUCUGCUCUUCUUCUCAAGCCAGUGCAACACAAGGAGAGUCAGCCCCGGUCGUUCUUCAAGAGCUGAGUGGUGAGGAUGUCCCUCGGUGAUGGGUGUACGGGGCAGUGCAUACCCUGAGAGCAGCAAAACUUUGGUUUCAUGUGCCGUAAACGAGAGAUCAUACAACAAUCCUGUGUCAUGGAGCUCUCCCAGUACUCUUGUAGGGACUGGAGCUCUACUAAAAUGCUGUGACAGCCUUCUGUAUGCUGGGCUGGAUGUGGCACUGGGCGGAAUGAUCUAUUGGGUGGCAAGCAGCCCAUUGCAGGAGGGAUGGAAUUGGAUGAUCCUUAAGGUCCCUUCCAACCUGAGCCAUUCAGUGAUUCUAUGACUUGUUUGGAACUGCUGUGUGGUUUUGCUUUAUUUUUGAGGAUGUUUCAAAGUGCUCUCGUUCUUCCUGGAUGGAGACCAUGACAUGCCCUUAAUUCUAAUCUUCUCCUUUCCUCAUUUUUUUUUAGUCACUCUUCACUGUUUAGCAUAUUCUUAGACACUUGGAUAAAGUAGGUUUGUGGUGUCACAGAGUCACAAAGCUGAACCUAGACCUUCUGAAGUCCAAAUCAACUCCUCCAUCGUCAGACCAGCCUUCCUCUAGGCAUGUCAGUACUUGCAGCAUGGCCCAGAACCUCUCGCCUUUGAACUUCCCAGCUUCAGGCUGCUGAGUCAGCAUCUGUGUAUGAUGGAAGCAGUGAAGGAGGAAACAGGUAAUUGCUUAGGGAGGAAAAAGCCAAAAAUGAAACCAUGCCUUGCCGCCGUUGACACACACUCUGCUCCUGCUCGGGUGCUUUUGGGUAAUAGGAAAGAAUGCGGUGGGCUUUGAUUCUACUUACAGGUGUUGUCUCAGAGCAGAAGAGAGCAGAGCAGGUAACAGAAAGUAAGAACAUUUCUACCUUGAAAAUAAAGCCAGAGAGCACCUCACUCCUUAGCUCACUUUAUCAAUAAUAAAACAGCCUUGCUGCACUGCACUGAAAUAGGUCCUGCUGAAAAAGUUAUUGUCAGGAAGGACUGGAAGUUCUUCUAGCUCUUUCCUUCCCAUAUACCUGUUUCAGAAGGACUAAAUCUGUAGGGUACUUGCAGUGAACCGCGUUGUCCUGACAAAUGUGUUGCGCUAACAUGGAUUGCUUUGCACUGUAGUAAGCCACUGAGAUCCUUGGUGAAGACCUUGCUGCACUUAGUAUGUUUUAGCCAAGUGUGAUGGAUAUGUGUGUUUAUGUGCUUGUGUGUGUUUAUAUACACAUAGAUGGCUAUAAAAGUACAUGGGAUACUGAGCUGAAGUAGGACAGCAGCUUGGCAAGAAAUACUGACAAAGCCAAUAGAACCUGCAGCCUCAUCUAGAUGUCUGUGGGGAAGCAGCCUUUCCCCGAAGUGAUUUUUCUCAUCACAUGUCUGUGGGAAGCUCAUGCUCUGUUCAUCCACAUUCCCUAUGUAAGCCUAUUUGGUGAGUACUUUCUAUGAAUGAUCCUUGGUCUGCUCAUCGUGAGCACUUAGUCACCAGGCAAGUGGUGCAAAUGAGCCUCACUAGUCUCCUGUGGCUGCAGGUGGAAGCCACAAGCCAUGCCCACGUUCUCCACCUCCAGUCAGAUGGGAAUCCCUAAAAGGAUUCCUCCUCUCUGAUUUCAGGGGAGGACGUUCACAGUCAUGAGUUUGAAAUUCAUAGAUGUGCUGACAUUUCCAGGCACUUAUGAUAAUGCUCACUGCUAAACUCUUUUGCUGCUGCUGAAAACCAAACAGAAUGUGCUCAGAGCAAACUCAUCCAGCAAAUUCAAGCAUGUCCUCCUAGAACUAUUUUUGCAGCAGCUGUCCUGCUCUGCUUAUUUAUGCCUUGUGCUAGCAUUUGAAAUCAUUAAAGCCUCUGAUGAUAGCAGAUCUCAAGACACAAUUAAAGGACAAAGGCAAAUGUCAGCACCCCGGAGGUGCCACAUGGCUUUGCAGAAUGGCAGAUCUGGCAGUGCUGCAGGAAGUGUCAGAGUCAUAGCUGAACACAAAGCCAAAUAUCAGUGCUGGAGACACUGAAGUGGUGUAGAUGCUAAGGGAGCUGCCAGCGUUGUGGUGUUCUCAAAGCGUGUUUGUGGCUCAACCAAUCUGAAAUGAGCCAUCUUCUCUUAACCAUAUGGCCUUAUGGUGUUCCUAAGGAGAACGACGGUCUUGUGGAUGCUCACCCCUGGAGGUGUUCAGGGACAGGUUGGAUGGGGCCCUGGGCAGCCUGAUCAGGUGCCUGUGUAGUUUGUGGCAACCCUGCCUGUGGCAUGGGGGCUGGAAGUGGGUGAUCUUUGGUGGUGAUGGGUUGGCAGCUGGACCACUAAGAUCACCUUCGAGGUCUUUUCCAACCUUAAUGAUGGUAUGAUUCUGUGAAUACGUCCCUCAGUUUCUGGAGGUCCCUCUUGCAUCUCAAGGAUAAGGCUUUGAUUGAGUGGUAAGCAAAUGUAGGCUAAAAGCAAUGUUUAUUUCCAGAACGUGCAUGAGAAUACGGAUAUUCCUCUUGUAACAGUGAUCAAGGGAACCAAUGUAUGUAUAAAUGAUUUCACAACACAUCGCUUCAGUCGUAGAAUCCUAGCAUUGUUUAAGCUGGAAGGGGCCCUUAAAGGUCAUCUGGUUUGACUUCCCCAGGACCCAAGCCUCCUAGUUUCGAUGCACUGCCCAAGAAUCUCAGAAAGAACAGCACUGAGCAGCAGGGGCCUUGCAGUGUAACUGGAGCAGAUGGACAAUGUAUGUACAAAAAGCGAGGGGUGAAAUUCCCAGGUUUGCUCAGGAUCUUUCAAAAGUGACAGAGGGAACAAGUCAAGGAAGAGCAACUGAAUGUUCUCCCUGCAUGGGGUGGUCAUCCCUUUUGUGGAUUUUGCAAAACGAUAAAAAUCAUCCUUAACACUUCAGAACAGAGGAAAGCAGACAACCCUCCUGCUUCAGCUGCCGUCUAUCUGAUUACCAAAGACAGCCUUUUUGUAAUGACAUUUUUCUGUGUUCUGAUGCAAUGCUUUUAUAUUUCUUGGGGAAAAAAAGAAAAAAAAAGCUUGGAGUAAAGCUGCAGCCUGAUUCUCUUGUGAGCCCAGGAGCGGUUCUAGACGUGAUCCCAGCACCUUGCAAAGAGACACUUACACGUAAAGCUGGAGUGCGCUUCAAGCUGGGCCUGGUCCUGUGCUCCAGGAGAGUGCCUGCUGAUAAGUCCUGAGCACACGAAACCUGGAAGCAGAGCAGAUGUUAGCGGCUGGGAUUGUAUCAGGAAUACUUUUGGGCUCAUCUGUGAUUACCGGGCUGAAACGAGAGCAAUAAUUGCAAGCAAAGCUGGGCACCAGGUGUCUAGGACCUGCCAGCUCCUGGGCUUCUCACCGCCACCGACAAACAUGACCCGAGUCACAUCAAGAGACACCAUGAUUCCUGGUAACCGAAUGCUGAUGGUCAUCCUACUAUGCCAAGUCCUGCUGGGAGGUACCAACCAUGCUAGCCUGAUCCCCGAGACCGGCAGGAAGAAAGUCGCAGAGCUUCAGGGACAAGCCGGAUCCGGACGCCGCUCUGCCCAAAGCCAUGAACUCUUGCGGGGUUUCGAAACGACUCUGCUGCAGAUGUUUGGGCUGCGAAGGCGGCCCCAGCCCAGCAAAUCAGCCGUCAUCCCCAGUUACAUGCUGGAUCUCUACCGGCUCCAGUCCGGAGAAGAGGAGGAGAGCCUCCAGGAGAUCAGCCUGCAGUACCCCGAGCGAUCGACCAGCCGGGCCAACACCGUGAGGAGCUUCCACCAUGAAGAGCACCUGGAGAGCGUCCCGGGUCCCAGCGAAGCGCCGCGGAUCCGCUUCGUCUUCAACCUCAGCAGCGUGCCGGACAACGAGGUGAUCUCGUCGGCGGAGCUGCGGCUGUACCGGGAGCAGGUGGAGGAGCCGAGCGCGGCGUGGGAGAGGGGCUUCCACCGGAUAAACAUUUACGAAGUGAUGAAGCCGCUGUCGGAGCGCUCCCAGGCCAUUACGCGGCUGUUGGACACGCGGCUGGUGCACCACAACGUGACGCGCUGGGAGACCUUUGAUGUGAGCCCGGCCGUGAUCCGGUGGACCAAGGACAAGCAGCCGAACCACGGGCUGGUGAUCGAGGUGACCCACCUCCACCAGGCACAGACUCAUCAGGGCAAACACGUCAGGAUUAGCCGAUCUUUACCUCAAGGGCACAGCGGGGACUGGGCGCAGCUCAGGCCGCUCCUGGUCACUUUCGGGCACGACGGGCGAGGCCACGCGCUGACCCGCAGAGCCCGCCGGAGCCCCAAGCACCAACGUUCCCGCAAGAACAAAAAAAACUGCCGCCGCCACGCUCUCUAUGUGGAUUUCAGCGACGUGGGCUGGAACGAUUGGAUCGUGGCCCCCCCGGGCUACCAGGCGUUUUAUUGCCACGGGGACUGCCCCUUCCCUCUGGCCGACCACCUCAACUCCACCAACCACGCCAUCGUGCAGACGUUGGUCAACUCCGUCAACUCCAGCAUCCCCAAGGCCUGCUGCGUGCCCACGGAGCUGAGCGCCAUCUCCAUGCUCUACCUGGAUGAGUAUGACAAGGUGGUGCUGAAAAACUACCAGGAGAUGGUGGUGGAGGGGUGCGGGUGCCGCUGACCCCUUCCCUCCCCUCCCCUCCUCUCUCCCUCCCGUCCCACCCCAGAACUGCUUGCUCUAGCUGGACUCUUCCUCUAAACUAAACGUUCACCUUGACCUUAUUUAUGACUUUAUGUGCAAAUGUUUUUGACAAUAAUGAUCAUAUAUUUUGACAAAAUAUAUUUAUAACUACGUAUUAAAAGAGAAAAAAAUAAAAUGAGUCAUUAUUUUA